CACCCCCACUUUGCGUCCUGACAAGCUAGUGAAAAUUGCAUCUUAAAGACCCAGCAGAGAUGCAGCGGUGCUGAGGGCACGUCAAAGAUAUUUUUUGUACAACCUAUAGUUGAGUUGACAUCUCUAGUUUUUAACAGAUACGUUAAAAAAUAACUCGGAUAGUUACCCUAAAGAUACUGAAAAGUGAAAAAAAACAUACACUGUAUUGAGGGUUUGUACGUCGGACUUUAACACAGCCGUGGAAAAGAGGGGUAGGAACAGAACGUUCCGUAACUCCCACCUGCUAACUAGCUAGCACCCGUGCUGGACAAGUAUGCUUGGAUAAGCUAACGCUAAGCUAGCUAAAUGACCAAAAAGGCAGGUUGUUAAUGCAGAUUGUUAGACAUUUAUUGUAGGUGUUUUUCUUUUUCACCUGAGGAAGGAAUCAUGUCGUGUGCUUGCACAUCUGCGGCAAGACUGCUUCUCAUAAAUUCUGCCCAAAAAGGACUCUCUGGGUCUAGGGUCCAGCUGCUUUCUAAACGCAGACCUAGCGGACACGAGGCCCGGCUGACACGCAGAAUCCCGGUCCGGUCGUUCUCUGAGACCUCGGUGUAUUUUGCCUCAAAGGACAGCACGACAAAGAAUGGUACAGGAGAAGGAGGAAAAAAAUCUCUGAGCGACGGCAGCGGAAAGCGCUCUGGUUCGGGAACCACUGGCAAAGGCGGCAGCCAGCUCCGCUGUCCCAAGUGUGGGGACCUCUGCACUCAUGUGGAAACGUUUGUCUCCUCCACACGCUUUGUGAAGUGUGAGAAGUGCCAUCAUUUCUUUGUGGUGUUGUCUGAGACGGACUCUAAGAAAAGCCUGAAGGAACAGGAGACCGCUGCAGAGGCAGUGAAAUUCGCCUUCCAGCAGAAACCGCCCCCACCCCCUAAGAAGAUCUAUGCCUAUCUGGAUAAGUAUGUUGUUGGCCAGUCCCAUGCUAAGAAGGUGUUGUCUGUGGCGGUCUACAAUCACUACAAAAGAAUCUACAACAACAUCCCUCCAACCACUCGAAAGCCUACCGAAACGGAGAAACAUACCUCCAUUACGCCCCGGGAGAUAGAGAUAAGAAGACGAGAAGAUGAAUACCGUUUCACAAAGCUGUUACAGAUCGCUGGCAUCAGUCCCCACGGCAACGCGCUGGGGGCCUCCGUGCAGCAGCAGGGGGCGCAAGCGAGCGCUCAGGAGCAGCGGGGCGGGGACGUGCUUGACACCACCCCCACUGAAAUCAAACUGGAGAAGAGCAACAUCAUACUUCUAGGCCCCACAGGCUCAGGUAAGACCCUGCUGGCCCAGACGCUGGCGAGGUGUCUGGAUGUGCCCUUUGCCAUCUGCGACUGCACCACUCUCACACAGGCCGGCUACGUCGGCGAGGACAUCGAGUCCGUCAUCGCCAAACUCCUGCAGGAUGCCAACUACUUGGUGGAGAAGGCCCAGCAAGGCAUCGUGUUCCUGGACGAGGUGGAUAAGAUAGGCAGCGUGCCAGGAAUCCACCAGCUGAGAGACGUGGGUGGAGAGGGGGUCCAGCAGGGCUUGCUGAAACUGCUAGAGGGAACCGUGGUGAACGUGCCAGAGAAGAACUCCAGGAAGCUGAGGGGGGAGACUGUCCAGGUGGACACGACCAACAUCCUGUUUGUGGCGUCUGGGGCCUUUAACGGCCUGGAUCGCAUCAUCAGCAGGAGAAAGAAUGAGAAGUACCUGGGCUUCGGCACGCCCUCCAACAUGGGCCAGGGUCGCCGGGCGGCAGCCGCUGCUGAUCUGGCCAAUAGCAGUGGUUCUGAGACGAGCGCGGUGGAGCUUGAGCUGCAGGAGAAGGACCGCCUCCUCCGUGGCGUGGAGGCGCGUGACCUCAUCGACUUUGGCAUGAUCCCGGAGUUUGUGGGCAGGCUGCCCGUGGUGGUGCCCCUGCACAGUCUGGACGAGGAGACACUCGUGCAGAUCCUCACCGUACCCCAAAAUGCGGUGAUACCCCAGUACCAGGCCCUCUUCAGCAUGGAUAAGUGUGAGCUGAAUGUGACUCCUGGUGCUCUGAGGGCUAUCGCCAGACUGGCUCUGGAGAGGAAGACUGGAGCUCGAGGGCUCAGAUCCAUAAUGGAGACGCUGCUGCUGGAGCCCAUGUUUGAAGUGCCUCAGUCGGACAUCAUGGCAGUGGAGCUGAAUAAAGAGGUCGUCCAGGGGAAAGCCUUGCCCGGUUAUAUCAGGACUCCGGCAAAAGACUCCACAGAAGAGGAGUAUGAUUCGGGCGUAGAGGAGGAGAACUGGCCCAGAAUGGCUGAUGCAGCAAAGAACUAACUAAUAACGCACAUGCACACGCACACGCACACGCACAUGUAUGCACAAACCUGGUUGGAAAGCAGAACACAUACUUCUUGAAAACGUCAUCCUUCAUUGUAAAUAACCUAUGGACUGUAUACUACCCUGUCCCUUACAGAAGGGAUACAAUAAUGUUACCUAGAAACUGAUUAUGACUCAAAUGACAUUGAGUUCAGGUGGAAUUAGUGCGAUCUUUGCUGGAAAGUUUAUGCCAUGGAAAAAAACAAGCGUAGAUAUUGAAGUUGGGAGUUCACCGAGAUUAUUCCUAACUACCUCUGUUUAUAGAGGACUGUUAAUGUCUACUGUUGUAAAGAUGUAAAGAGCAUUUUAUUUGUUGACUAGAAAAAAAAGUAAUCAUUAUUUGAGAACUAAAUAUACAUUGAGUCUCUUUUUUUUUUUUUUAAUAACUCUUUUAAAGCUUGCCUAUUACACAGGAAAGCAGUGAUGUUAUGUCAGUGGAAUGUAACCACUAUCUGAUCUGAUGACUUGAGUUAAUCUCCUACUGGUGAAACCAUUAGUGUUUAAAGACUUAACCUAAAGGAGUCAACAUGCCUUUGUAUGUUGGCAUAUGAGAUUAUGGUUUGUACAAGGGAAGUACUCAUACCGGUAUGUGGACUUUUGUAUCGCUCAUAUUUGAAGCUUUGGUGAGAAAAGGGGGCAGACAACCAGUAUUCAUUCUCAUGGCUAAUUCUGUCUGUUUAGCAUCUGCAGAGAGUUAGCUCUUUGUGUGUCCAGUCUUCAGCUCCCAUCCAGACGGACAGGUUCCCAGUGUGAUGCUCAGGGUUGGGGAGUAGCUAGUUACAGGUAACAGAGUUAUGGAUUACAAAGUAAAACUUACCAUUUUAAUGGUAAAAAGCUUUAAAGUUUAUAUGUAGAAUAUCACAUUCAUUUUUUUGCUUUGCAUCUUUUCGUAGUCUUGACAGGCUCCAUUUGGCAUUAUGCACCUUGCAUCAAAGAGUAAGGAAAAAGUAUAACAUCAAAUGUUAUAAGUUACAUUAGGUUGAUGAAGUAAUUGAAAUAGUUACAUUAUGCAUUACAUUAGCAAAUAGUCAUCUGUAUCCUAUUACAUUUCAAACGUAACCUUCCCAACCCUGGUGAUGCUGUAUGAUCAAAGCUGCUGUCUGGAUUCUGUUUGAUUUUCCCACCAGUCACAACCCUGUAGUCAUCUCUCAGUGAGACUGUUUGUAGGAUAUGUAGUUACAUGGUCUACAAAAUAAUCUUUUCUUUUUAGUUCAGUGAUUUGGUGUUACCAACGCUCCUUUUCUAAUAGUAGAGAGAAAUGCAGUUUUAAUAAUGAGCCCGUCACCUGUUUGGGUGUCAGCUCUUAGGCCUCCAGACACUCUCACCUGUGCAGAAGAAUAUCUGUAUAUCUCAAGAUGUAAACUUGUUUAAAUAAACAGUAAUAUAAUA